UUGCCAAGAAGAUGAGAAUUUCAAGUUUCAGUCAAUCGCCGAUCUCCGCCGUCGGAUUCUUCCUCCUCCUCCUCCUCGGCGUUUUUCCACCGUUGAUGUGCCUCGGGAUCCGAUACCUCCCCAGCGAGGGGACCGGGUUAACGGAUUCAAACCCGAUCAAAACCCGCUUCGGAUUCGCGGAGGCGCCGGAGUAUCGUAACGGCGCCGACUGCCCGAUAUCGGCGUCGCCGGCGGCGUCAGUAACGUCGUGCGACCCGUCGUUGGUCCACGUGGCGAUGACCCUCGACUCGGAGUAUCUCCGGGGGUCGAUGGCGGCGGUGCACUCCGUUCUCCGCCACGCCUCCUGCCCGGACCAAAUCUUCUUCCACUUCAUCGCCGCCGAGUUCGACCCGUCCAGCCCGCGGGUCCUGACCCGACUCGUCAGGUCCAUAUUCCCUUCCCUGAAUUUCAAAGUGUACAUUUUCCGGGAAGAUACAGUCAUCAAUCUCAUCUCCUCGUCGAUCCGCUCCGCCCUGGAGAACCCGCUGAACUACGCCCGGAACUACCUGGGCGACAUACUUGACCCGUGUGUGAACCGGGUCAUCUACCUGGAUUCGGACCUGGUCCUCGUCGACGACAUCGUCAAGCUCUGGAAAACCCGCCUCUCCCCGGGUCGAAUAAUCGGAGCUCCGGAAUAUUGCCACGCCAAUUUCACCAAAUACUUCACCGACGCCUUCUGGUCCGACCCGGCCCUGCCCGGAGUUUUCGGAUCCCGGGCGCCCUGCUACUUCAACACCGGCGUGAUGAUCAUGGAUUUACAGAAAUGGCGGGGCGGCCAUUUCCGGCGAAAAAUCGAGCACUGGAUGGAACUGCAGAGAAGAAACCGUAUAUACGAGCUAGGUUCUCUGCCGCCGUUUCUUCUGGUGUUCGCCGGCAAUGUCGAGCCGAUCGAUCACCGGUGGAACCAGCACGGCCUCGGCGGCGACAACGUGGCAGGAUCCUGUAGGUCGCUGCACCCCGGUCCAGUGAGCCUGCUGCACUGGAGCGGGAAGGGUAAGCCUUGGGUAAGGCUAGACGAGAAGAAACCGUGUCCGUUGGAUCAUCUCUGGGAGCCCUACGAUUUGUACACGUCACCCGGGAAGGGCAAGGUACAACACCAACAGCGCGAGGAACAACACGUGCUUGCCUCAUCACCUAAUAACCUGCUUGGUUAUUCCAGUUAUUUCUUUUAGUCAAAAUUCUUUGAUUUUCUGUGUACAGAUUUGGGAAACAAACACAGAGAGGCGUAAAAUUCGUAUUUUUUAAAAAAUUAAUUGCAAAAAAAAUAUAUAUAUUAUAUUGUGACAGCUUGUCAAUUCUUUUUUCAUACAUUUGAGGAGCCAAUUUUUGGGACUUAUUAGAUUCACAUUGUACUUGCCAAUAUUUUGAACAAUCUAUUCAAAAAUU